AUGGAAGCAUCAGGAAUACUUCUGUCAUCACGACUGCUUUCCCUGCUGAAGAACAGACACUGGGCAAAAGAUGAUGUUGUUAAGUUGUUUAAAGCCCUCGUGAAAGAAUUUAAUGGCAGAAAUGAAGAUUUUCACACAUGGAUGAUGAGAAUCCUUCAUCAAGUGGAGAUUCACAAAAUCCAAAUGUCGGAUUUGACUUUGCAAAAUGAUGAUAAGAUUGUGGCCAAAAUGAAUGAAACAGUCAAAAACACUAAAGAGAAAACACUGGAUGAGAUUGUGGAGGAAAUUCAUAAACAAGCAGAUACUGAUGAAGAAAUGAUGGCACAAGUGAAAGAUAUCGUGUCUUCUGUGUCAGAAUGUCUAUCAGCUUCCACAGCACCACAUCUACAAGGAAUAAAGCAAAUUCUGUUUAAGCUCUGCAAAGCUGUAGAAAAGACAAUUGGACAUAAACUUCGAGUGACUCAGAUGGUGAGCUGGUGCAUUCUGGUUCUUUCUAAAUCAAGUCGGCUGGUUCAGGUUGGAACAGGAGAAGGAAAGUCGUGUAUCGUGGCAAUGUUUGCAGCAUAUCAGGCCAUGAUGGGAAACACCCCUGAUAUCAUCUCCAGUUCUCCUGUACUUGCUGAAAGAGAUGCUAAAGAAUGGUCUGCAUUUUAUAAGAAACUGAAUAUCACUGUUGACGUCAACACCAAUAAAACAGAAGAUCAAAAGCUGAAGAAGUGCUAUGAAUGCCAGGUAGUUUAUGGUACGACUCAGAGUUUUGCAGGUGAUUUUCUGAGACAGUGCUUCCACAGAAAAGAUGUGAGACCUAAGAGAGAGUUUCAGUGUGUUAUAGUGGAUGAGGUGGACUCGCUAAUGCUGGACAAAGGUCUUGAAGUGGUUUAUUUGAAUAGUAAUAUGCCUCUCAUGGAAACUUUGAAUGGAUUACUGGCUGAAAUUUGGUUUGUCAUCAACCAGCUGAAACGUUUAGACUCUGGAGAGAUUUUAGGACCCAUUCGGCUCCUCUCUCAGAUUCUGUCUGAAAUCAUGCAUGAAAAUAAAAACACUGACCAACUCAGUAUUGUGCAGAAUGCUGCGGAAGCAGCAAAAGAACUAGAUAAUGCAAGUGUUGCCCAAACAGAUGCAUUCCUGAACAUGUUUGUGGGAAAAUGUCCUGAGUAUUUCUUUAAACUUUACCAGGAAGCGCCUGAUGGGAAUUUAGAGAAACUAAAUGAGAUCAGUCCCACAGGUACAAAUAAGAAACAAGAAAUAUCUGUUCUUCUCCUGGGAAAUGGAAAAUGUCGUUUACUGUACUACGAGGAGGACUCUCUAGUUAAAUCAUUGGGUAAAAUGAUAAAAAAGUGUUUUGAGUCUGAAUCAACGGAGGAACAAACUGAAUCUCAUAUCCCAGGCCUUCAAUAUCUCAUCAAUGGGAAAGUACAAACUUGGACUGAAAAUGCUCUGCAAGCCACCAAAAUGACUCUGGGCAAUGAAUAUAUCCUUCAUGGAGAUGGAGUUGCUCCUGUUGACUACAAAUGCACUGGUGUCGUGCAGAACAACAUGAGAUGGGGGGAAGGACUUCAGCAGUUUCUGGAGAUGAAACACCAAACUAAACUCUCCAACAUGAGUCUAAUCACAAACUUCAUGUCUAAUGUGGGUUUAUUUAAGAAAUACAAAAACAGCGUAUAUGGGAUCACGGGAACUUUGGGUGACCAAACAGAGCUUGACAUGUUGAAAAAACUCUACAACGACAUUGACACCUGUAAGAUUCCCUCAUUUAGACAAAGGAAACUUUAUGAGUUGGAGGGUUUGGUGAUACCAGAAGAAGACGAGUGGAUCAGGACCGUCUGUAAUGUUGUUAAGCAUCAAGUGACCUCCACAGUUUAUCGAGGUCCACGAGCAGCUCUCGUCAUCUGUGAAACCAUCAAUCAUGCAGAAAUAUUUCACAAGACUCUUGGAAAAACCACUUCAAAAGAAAAACUAAAACUAUAUGUAAAUAACAACAUGAAUAACUCUACAAUAAUAGAUAAAACUGUUGAUGCGGGGGACGUCAUCAUUGCAACUAAUCUAGCGGGUCGAGGUACAGACCUAAAGGUCAGUGAAAGUGUAAAUGAAGCUGGAGGUCUGUUUGUGGUGCAAACCUUCUUACCUCUGAACGUCCGUGUAGAACAGCAAGCAUUUGGACGAACGGCUCGUCAAGGGAGUCCAGGAUCUGCUCAACUCAUCAUGUGCGCCAAUCAUUUCUCUGACACUGUUAAACUAGUGAUGAGCCUAAAGACAUCUUUUACCAGUUUAUUCAGCCAUCUGAACCAUCUUACUACACCGAUGUCACGUCUUACAAGUAUAUUGAUGCCACGUGGAUCCACAGAGGGUUUAUUUGAGGAUGCAGUUAAUCGCUACCUGAAAAAUAACAGCUCUCAAACUCAUGAUGCAAUGGUCUCUGCUCUCACAGAUCUACUAAUGAAAUCAUUUCCAAUUAUGGAAAGCAAUCUUGAAGAGGCAAAAGAUGCCAGAAAUAUUCUGGUGAACAUCAGACUCUCUGGGUUUCUUGAAAAAGACAUUCCAAAAAUCACAAAUGAGGAAGAACUUUUUUCUGUCUACCUUGAUGUUUUGGAUGGUGUUUAUGAAGAUGAUGUUUUUUCAGACCAGCGAGAUGUAAUCGUGUCCUCUCUUCAUGAGUGCUGGGGUUUGUGGCUCCUGAUGAACUCCAGUGAGGAAAAGCCCACUGAGACGAUGAAGGAACAGCUGAAGCUGGACUUGACGAGUGCAAAGCAGAAACUUUUGACUAAACAGUCCCCAUCCUCCAUGGUCUACUAUUACAUCAGGUCUGGAAACAAUCUCCGUGAGAAGGGACGCUUUACUGAGUGCAUUGAGAUGUACACCAAAGCUUUGGGGGACGGUACAUCUGGAGAGAUUAUUCCUCUCUAUAAUCGUGCACUGGCCACUAUCAGAAGGAAAGACACCGGUUAUAUUGCUCAAGCACUGGCUGAUCUGGAAAAGGCUGAAAAGGAAAUAGAUUUGUACAAGUCACAUCUGGCACGGAUUCUGACUUAUAUUAAAUUACCAAGACAGGAUACAAGAGCAGAAGGUAGUGAUUUACUCACCACUCAGUUUCAAGUGAAGUGUGUGACUGUAGACCUACUGAAGACAAACAUUCAAGAUGCUGUGAAUAAGUUGAAGAGAGCCGAAAGCAGAGGAGGAAAUGUAAGCCUGACUGAAAAACUUACAAUUUUUCUUGCAGAAGGCUUCGUUAUCAUUCCUCUAAGACUUAUGAAAGAGCUGCCGAUGGAAUUAAUGCAUCUCAAGUCAUUGGGUCUUGACACCAUUUUCACUUUGGACACCAUGUUUUCUUUGAGUGGCUUUUUGUCAAAGAUCUUAAAAUAG